UCGCACUUAGGUAUUAUAAAUAAUUUGUUGGUGAUUAUCUGUAAUUACAAAUCGUCUAUAUAAAAGCAUACUAAAUACUGCACGAGUAUGAUGAUCGCAAUGAGUAGCAUGAAGGCGAUUGUAGUGUGCGUACUUUGUGUGAUAAUACUGGUGGAAAGUGAUGAAUACCUAAACGUCACAUAUCAACCCGUUCACAGGCAGUUGUUGGACUUUAAGAAGGAGCAUCCACAUCCGAUAGGAUUGUGGACGAAAAAUGCCGGAGAUCCAGUCGAAAUUCGUGACACAAUAACGAUUAAUUCCGAUACAUUCAACAACCAGCUGCUGAUAGACACUUUCUCUACAUUUGAUGGCGAGAGAAUACCUGAACGUGUAGUGCAUGCGAGAGGUAUAGGAGCCUUUGGCUACUUCGAAGUCACGCACGAUGUCUCCAAGUAUACAUCAGCUGAUGUGUUCAAUGGAGUGGGAAAGAAGACACCGAUAGUUGCAAGAUUUUCAAAUGCAUUACAGGGUCUGGGGGGCACUGAUUUGCCUAGAGAACACAGGGGUAUGUCAGUAAAGUUUUAUACGAAAGAGGGUAACUUAGACCUAUUAUCUUUAUCUAUACCCGUUUAUUUUUAUAGAGAUCCAUUGUUCUUUAAACAUUUGUUACAUACAACCACUAGAAAUCCACAAACAACCACGUUUGAUCCGACAAGCGUCUUUGAUUUUUUAACAUUAAGACCUGCAUUUGUUCAUGGAUUCUUUUGGGUUAUGUCUGAUAUUGGCAUACCCGACGGCUACAGGCGAAUGGAUGCUUUCCCCAUUCACACUUAUGAAAUAUCAAAUAAGCAUGGGGAGACACAUUAUGUGCGAUUCAACUUUAGAACGGAGCAAGGCAUUGCAACGCUUACAAACGCCGAAGCGGCCGCUAUUCAAGCUCAAGACCCGGAAUAUUAUAAUAGAGAUUUUUAUAUUGCGAUUGAAUCCGGAGAGUAUCCUGCAUGGAGAUUAGAGAUAGAUGUGAUGACACCACAUGACAUACAAAAAGUUGAUUACGAUCCGUUUGAUGUCACUAGAUUAUGGAAGAACGGAACAUUCUUCACCGUACAGAUAGGUCGCAUGAUAUUGAACAAAAAUGUUGAAAAUAACUUCAGAGAUGUCGAACAAGCGGCAUUCAAUCCUGGUCAUUUAGUACCUGGUAUUCCUGGACCUCCAGAAGCUUUGUUCCGUGGUAGAAGAAUAUUCUAUAGGGAUACUCAAAAUUAUCGUCUAGGAAGAAACCACAACAAUAUUUUAGUAAACAUGCCAUUAUACUCGAAGACGUAUGUACGAGAUGGAACACCACCAACUAGGCUUAACAUGAAAAAUGUUCCAAAUUAUUUUCCUAAUUCAUUCCAUGGACCACUUCCAUAUGUGGAUGAGCACAGACCGUGGAAGAAGUUGCAAGUAUUAGAAAGUAAUGCUGUAGAUUUGGAACCGGCAUGGUAUUUCUAUAACUUCAUUCUAGAAGAUGAGGCUCAUAGACAAAGAUUUAUAAAUAACUUUGCCAGAGCUCUUGUAGCUGUUACUCCACCAGUAUUGCAAAGAACACUGAAGCUUUUACACCAGGUUGAUAAUGAUUUGGGACAGCGUGUGACGGUUGCUCAUCAAGUAUUACUUGCACAAGUGAUGGCGCAGCAGGCAGCAGCCCGAGCAGCUUCUGCUGCACCUAGACCUAUAAGAAACCUUGUGACCUCUGAGGGACCUCCAGAACAUGAUAACAUGGGAAGUGUUUACAAAAUAAGUAUUUAAUGAAUUAUCAUUAUAUUGAUCUCAAACUUAUUGGACAUUAAAUUCUUUUUUAUAUUAAGAACACGCAAAGAAAUGACUAGAAAAUUAAAUCUACAUUAUGCUAUGUGGAUGUAAGUUCAUCGUCUGUAAAUGAGUAUAAAACCAAAAAACUUACAAUGAAUGAUUAAAUUUUGAGGAAUUGCUUUUGAGCAAUAAAUUAUCCUCCAAAUUUUGUACAAUAUGCGACUAAACAUUAAAGAUUUUUUUAGGAAUUAAAUUUGUUAUUUAUUGCCUUCUUGGUCAAGGUCAGGGUGGGUUUGACGAACGUACGGAAUCAGGUAUUAUUGUAGGUCGGUCUUUAUAUGUAUUCCAAACUAGGAAUUGCAGUUCACACAGUUCUAUACGUUAUUACAAUCAGAACCAUUAUAUGUAUGCAACUUCACUUUUGUAGCUACAAGGCACAAACUUUUGACCCAAUAUUUGGAAAGAGCAGUACCAAUCGCCCAAUAGA